UUGACCUGCCUCGACUUACUCCUGUGUUGUUAUGCAGUACCAUUUCUAUAAUAGACAGCGGUUAAGUUAACCUUUUUAAAACACAAAAUUGUCACUACCAAGCACGCUGCCUUUUAGUAAGACACUGUUGUACAAUAUAAGUUUUGUUGCUAGGACCAAUCGACUGAAAACGGAGUCAGCUCACAAAAACAUACACACCAAACGGAGUUUUGAGGCAGAAGAACAAAAAAAGGUCGAAUUUUUAAAAGAAAUGACACUUCCAAGUGCAGCUCGUGUGUACACAGAUGUGAAUGCGCACAAGCCAGAUGAAUAUUGGGACUAUGAAAACUAUGUUGUUGAUUGGGGAAAUCAAGACGAUUACCAAUUGGUUCGUAAAUUAGGACGUGGAAAGUAUUCGGAGGUUUUCGAGGCUAUCAAUAUUACGACCACAGAGAAAUGCGUUGUUAAAAUUCUAAAACCUGUAAAAAAGAAGAAGAUCAAGCGUGAAAUCAAAAUUUUGGAGAACUUGCGCGGUGGAACUAAUAUAAUAACUCUGUUAGCUGUUGUAAAAGAUCCAGUUUCCCGAACUCCGGCGUUAAUUUUCGAACAUGUCAAUAACACGGAUUUUAAACAACUUUACCAAACUUUAACUGAUUAUGAGAUUCGCUACUAUUUGUUUGAACUUCUUAAAGCACUUGAUUACUGCCACAGUAUGGGAAUAAUGCAUCGCGAUGUGAAACCCCAUAAUGUUAUGAUCGAUCAUGAAAAUCGAAAAUUACGUCUUAUAGAUUGGGGACUUGCCGAAUUUUAUCAUCCCGGUCAGGAGUAUAAUGUUCGUGUGGCGUCAAGAUACUUCAAAGGUCCCGAGUUACUGGUAGAUUACCAGAUGUAUGAUUAUUCACUCGAUAUGUGGUCAUUGGGUUGUAUGUUGGCGUCGAUGAUAUUUCGAAAAGAGCCGUUCUUCCAUGGCCACGACAACUAUGAUCAAUUGGUACGCAUUGCUAAGGUGCUGGGCACCGAAGAGCUUUACGCAUAUUUAGAUAAAUAUAAUAUUGACCUAGAUCCAAGAUUUCACGACAUUCUACAACGCCACUCACGAAAAAGAUGGGAAAGGUUUGUUCAUUCUGACAACCAACAUUUAGUUUCUCCUGAAGCACUGGACUUUCUUGAUAAACUAUUGCGCUAUGAUCACGUUGACCGACUUACAGCUCGUGAAGCUAUGGCUCAUCCAUAUUUUUUACCUAUCGUCAAUGGACAAAUGAAUCCCAAUAAUCAGCAAUAAAUGGUUAUUUUAUUAUGAUGAAUACUGUGUUUUCGAGAUCGGGAUAGCAGCCAUUUAACAUUUAUGAUAAUAAUUAUGAAAAAUAUAAAAUCCGAAGAGAAAUAAAAUAAAUUAAGCUACUGUCUUAAAAAACA